AUGCUCUCCCGCGUCUCGCUUGCCGCACGCGCUGCCCCUCUGUCGGCCGCUCGCCCUCCGCUCCCUUUCCCGUCCCGUUCGCACGGCUUUUGCCUCCUCCCCUCGCGCCAGCUUCAUGCGCUCUGCGAUUCGCACAAGCGUUUGGGCCCCCCGCUCCACCGGGCCAAGUCGCAGAAGCGCUUCAACAGCAGCGGAAGCACUUCCUCUCGUUCGAGCGACCUCGAUCUUCCACUCGGAGUUGUCAUUGGCAUAGGCCUCCUCGAAACCGGGAUCUGGUUGCACCUUUGGAUCACAACCGUCGCGGAGAACAGGGUGAGCGAACUGCGGACUGAGCUGGACGACGUGCGCAGUAAGCUGCGGGACAACAUCCGCGAUGUCAACAGCAAGAUCUGGAAGGAGUCGCACGAGUUGCGCAGCGACUUGGCAGACAACGUCCGUUCAGUCAGGUCCGAGUUGGCGAAAAUCGGCCGCCAAGUCCACGAGCACUACCUCGAGUUCAUACCCAUCCAGCACAGGGUCCGAAGCGUUCGACUGUCGCCUGGAGACGACACAGAGACCGAGGUGCGCUUGGCUGGCUUGCAGCGCGAAGUGCAGGCGGUCAAGUGGGCGCAGGUGGAGGUGCCAGCCUUAAAGCAGCAGCUGGCGGAGGUUCCGGCGUUGAAGCACCAGGUGGUGGCGCUGCAGGCUAGACUCGACAAGCUGGAGAAGCAGAAGAUGGAGCGGCGCCGCAAGAAGGAGGAGAUGGCGAACAGGAGGCUCGUGUAG